AUGGGGACUACAACUGAAGCCUCUGCUGGAGGUGAGUCGAAGUCCCCCAAGCAGUCCAACAGCUCUCCUCGACCUGAUACCACGACCGACGCCAGGGCAGCCGAUCCACCCAUCAAAUUAGAGGCUGCCAAUGCCGAACAAGCCAAACCCCUUGCGCCUCCUCCUCGACCCGGUCAACAACCAGGCAACACUCCUGACUACUUCACGGUCCAGGCCGGCGGAUCUCUCAGUCUGGAGCCCAAUCCAUUUGAGCAGUCCUUCGGGGGCGCUCCAGAGACACCGGGAGGAACAAAGCUGCCUUCAGUUGCUGCAUUGACAUCACCAUCUUCACUACUACCCGGUAGUAACUCGACACCAUUCAACUGGGGAGGCGGCUCAUUGCGUACUGGCCCUUUAAGCCCUGCAAUGCUUUCUGGCCCAGCGAACGAUUACUUUGGCGAGACCCAUCAUCUACGUGGCGGAUUCCCUACUCCCAACGAGUCCUCAUUGAGGACAGGGUUAACUCCAGGUGGCAGUGGUUCCAUGUUCCCUGCCCCAAGUCCUAAUUCACAAGCACUUUUUGCUCAACUUGCUAGUGGAGGAGCCACACCUAGCACUCUUGACUUCCACCGAACUGCUAUCAGUGCUGCCGCUAAACGCGACCAGAACGGAGCUGUUCCAAGAUCUCAAGCACAACCAGCCUCCCAACCCCAACAACCACCUCAGCAACCUUCUGUUACUUCUCAACCCCAGGACAUGCCAAACGGUGCUUCCAACACUAAGUCCGAAGCGAAGCCCGCGUCGGGCCCCUUCGAUCCCCACGAUAACGACGCUGCAAACGGCCUGUUCAUGCUGGCUCAGGGUAGAAACGGUGCUCAGAACGGAAAUCAAUUCGCUGUGACGUCAGGUGCUUCUGGUCACGCACAUCCUGCCCCUACUGCUCCUCAGAACAUGAACACUUCACCACAAAUGUCAAGUAUCAACGGCGGCUCUGUCGGCUCCGGUCGCGGUAUGAGUGAGGGCAGUAUGAUGUCAGACGAGAGUGAGCAGGCUCGUCCUAACACUCGAGGACGUGGCAAGAAGAACCCUCCCGCGACCAAUGGUCGAAGGAAGGCUGACGAACCCCCAUCUAAGACACCUGUUCACAAGAAGUCGAAGACGAAUUCUAUGGAUAUGGACAUGGACAUGAUGUCUGAUGACGAAUCCAAGAUGAAGUACGAAGAUGGCAGUGGGAAAUCAAAGAUGACCGACGAAGAGAAGCGAAAGAACUUCCUUGAGCGUAACCGUGUCGCGGCUCUCAAAUGUCGUCAAAGGAAGAAGCAGUGGCUGGCUAAUCUUCAGACCAAGGUCGAGAUGUUCAGCACUGAGAACGACGCUCUGACGGCACAGAUUACCCAGCUAAGGGAGGAAGUCGUCAACCUCAAAACCCUCCUUCUCGCUCAUAAGGACUGCCCUGUUACCCAGCAACAAGGAAUACACGGUGCCUUUAUGUCACAGGUUGUGGAGCCUUACAACCCCCAAAUGAACCCUUAUGGCAUGGCAGCACCUAUGUCCAACCAGCAAGUCAUGGCUGGACAAGGUGUCCAGAGGCGAUUCUCAUAGAACGAGAUGAAGUCUCAGCCAAGUCAACAAACCAAGGUGGAACAGGCAGACAUGUCUUCACCAAGUCGCAUGAUAGAGGGACUUGACGAUCCCUUCUUUCCUCAAUCAUAAGAUUAGCCUUUCCGAGGCAGAUAUCAUUAUAAGCAUAUACACAGGGUUGCAGGGUUAGCCGUUCCGGGGCCUGCCAGCUCCUAUCUUCACUUCAUAUUUGGGCUGUACAACAUUUGAUCAAAGGCAACAUAGCAAUCAGACGGGGGCGAUGUCUGAAACCGAGAGCUUAGCUUGCUGGGUCGCUCGGAGCCAACUUGUCACUCUUGUUUGAGCAAGGGCGCCUUGUUGUUGGGCGUUUCUUACUAGAGGUGGCGCCGUUACAAUUUUUAACUUGUACGUAAGUAUUUAUUCUGGCAAGGCACACGGAACGCGCACUUCAAAAAGGUGUUUGGCCGGGCGAACUGUUUUGGUGCCUGGGGGGCGUUUUGAGCAUCCGGAUCGAUCCUAGGAGAUGAACGUCUUUGGUGUUAUUGGUUUUGCGCUUUUUUGUUAAGUAGCUACAGGCAACAAGAAGUUACUUGGUUUAAAUGAACGAUAGUUGAACAAUGAAAUACGAUGUACACACUACAG